AUGGGAUUUGCGCUCAGCCAGGCCAUGUUUCCCGGCGUCAUCAUUCUUUCGUCACGUCGAUCACCGAAUCCGUUUUCCAAUAAGAUCGUAGCUAUCUCGUUCAGCACUGAAGCACUGAUUGCCUUGCUCAGUCUCCUACUAAUCCUCAUCCUUGCUAUCAUUGGCCUUGGGCUAAAACGUGCACCAACAGCAUCGCUUGCCAGCGGAGAGGCCAAGGGCAACCCGAUGGUUCUGAGCGGUGGUUCCUGCAGCGCUGUUAUAAGUGCCAAGUGCCACAACCACGAUAUCAUUACUCCGGGACUGGCCAUACAGGGCGACGAUCGUCAUCUGUGGCUCCGUCCCAUCGCCUGGGGCGUUGUCGAGGAAGGAGUCGGUAUGCGGCCCGGCCGAUGCGGAUUUUCCGCCAGCGGAACGGGUUGUGUGGACGCGGGGCGGAAUUACGUCUGA